UGCCCAUUCCCCCCUAUCCCGGCAGGCUAGCGCUUGGUAACUUCUCACUGGCUGUCCUGUUUAAAAAGAAACCAUGACACGUUUUAAGCGUUGAUCUUUAGUGUUCACAAACGUGAAAUCCUAGAAUCGUCAUCAACAGCAGCAGCAGCGGUGCCACGGACGUCCUGGUGUUGCACCAAGAAGGGGAUUAGUGAGCCAUGUGGUGGGCUUGGCCUUUCCUGCCUGCAUUGGUGCUUCUUUCAGAGCUCACUGUUGUAAGAGUACAGACAGCACCAUGCCAGACCUGCAGAAAACUUACCAACAGUUUUGUUCAGGGCAUUGAGAGAACAGCCAAUAAAAACUUUGGGGGUGGUAACACUGCCUGGGAGGAAGAGAAGCUCGCUAAGUAUGCCCGCAGUGAGACUCGGCUUUUAGAGAUUGUUGAGGCUGCAUGUGAGAAAACAGAUUUUGAAUGUAACAGACUGCUGGAGCAGAUCGAGGACCAAGUGGAGACAUGGUGGUUCCAUAGGCAGCAAGAGGCUCCAGACCUGUUUGAAUGGCUGUGUAUAGAGGAGCUUAGACUCUGCUGUCCACCGGGACGUUUUGGACCUGACUGCAAAGAGUGUCCAUCUGGCCCAGGUGGAGUGUGUGGAGGUCUGGGUCGUUGCGAAGGAGAAGGUACUCGCCUGGGAGAUGGCGAGUGUGUCUGCGAUCCAGGAUACUCGGGCCAGCUGUGCCAGAGCUGUGCGGAUGGCUAUUAUAGAGAGAAGAGCUCCAAUCACAGCACGGCAGCCUGUGCAGCCUGCUACCAUUCAUGUAAGAAAUGCUCAGGGCCACAGGACUACAAAUGUCUGGACUGCAAACCAGGCUGGAUCCUCCAUGACAACAAAUGCGUGGACAUUGAUGAAUGUGGUACAGAGUUAGCGCGCUGUCCCUCCAACACCUACUGUCACAAUAUAGAUGGAUCAUACGAAUGCAGAGGCUGUGACCAGGCAUGUAUAGGCUGUAUGGGCAGUGGCCCUGCUCGCUGUAAGAAGUGUGCCCGUGGUUAUAGACUCAGGGGAGCCAAGUGUCUCGACAUCGAUGAGUGUAGUGAACGUGCAAUUGCAUGCCCAGGGCUGAAUGAGGCCUGCAUCAAUGAGGAGGGAUCCUUUCACUGUGACUGUGCUGAAGGUUUCAUCCGAAGGGACAGCAUUUGUGUGGAGAACAAGCCACCCACUGGCCCAGAGAAAGGUCUAUUUGAUGAGAUGACAGAUGAUGAGGUCCUGGUGCUUCAGCAGAUGUUUUUUGGUGUUGUGAUCUGUGCCCUAGCAACACUCGCUGCAAAGGGUGACAUGGUUUUCACAGCCAUAUUCAUUGGAGGCGUGGCUGCUAUGGCCGGCUACUGGCUGACAGAAAAGGGAGACUACAUGCUGGAUGGAUUCCUCAAGGGACGCUAACCCGUUGGAGUCCUGGAUCUCAUAGGGGAACAUGGAAUUACAAAUCAGUAUGGGUAAAGAAGACUCCUUGAGGGUAGGAAACAAUUCCUGCAGAGCUACCCUGUCAGGGCUGUCAGUUUUGGGUGGGGAAUUAUGUGAAAGGGCUAGGGGUGUUUUGUGUACUUGACUAGGAUACUACAGGACGAUAUGAGAACUUGAAAUAACUCAGUGAGGAUUUAGCAGAGAGAUGACUCACCUCUUCAAGUGGAAUGAUAACACUGUUAUGCACUGAUAAUGGAACUGAACUUUGUCCCCCGUCUGCUUUGUUGGGGACAGGGGUGAAAUGAAUGAGAACAUUACUGAUUGUUACCAAUUUAACAUGCGUUUGUAUCUUUCAGCUGGCCCAAUUUUUGCUCAAGAAAUGAUGUCUUUUUCCUCGAUGCAAUCUAAACUUUUAAGAAAAGAUUUAUGUCCAUGACAUUUUAUUUAUUUAUAUCAAUGUUUGAAGCAGAUGUUAUCUUUUGGAGGAAGGCAGAGUAGAUGAACUUGGUAAG